UGGGUGUUCUGUGAACCUGUAAUAAUAGAGCAUCCCGUCCUCCGCCCCCGCCUUCCCUUCCCACGCCGCCCGUGCCGCCCCAGAUCGGCAAAUCCGCCCGCAUCUACCCCGCGCGCGUCCCGGAUGGCCACUUCUUCCUCCGCCCGCCCCGGGGUUCCGUAGCAUGGGCCACUCUCUCUCCUCGCAUUCCAAAUCCACCCUCUCCUCCCCGCCGCGCCGCAGCAGGUCGCUCUCGCCGAUGAGUCCGCCGCCGCUGCGGCUGACCGCGCCGAUGCAGAUCGCUGCGGAGGACAGCGGCAGUGACAGUUCCUCCUCGUUUGCGCCGCCCGCCCGGGACUACACCCAGGACCUGCCCGACGAGAUCCUCGCGCUCGUCUUCGCGUCGCUCUCGCCCACCGACCGCAACGCCUGCUCCCUCGCCUGCUCGCGCUGGAUGGAGGUCGACGCCACCACGCGCCACCGCCUCUCCCUCGACGCCCGCGCCGCGCUGGGCAACGCUGCCCCCGCGCUGUUCGCGCGGUUCACGGCCGUCACGAAGCUGGCGCUCCGCUGGGCGCGCGGGUCGGGCGCGGACAGCCUCUCCGACUACGGCGCUGCGGCGGUGGCCACCGCGCUGCCCUCGGGGCGCCUCUCCAGGCUCAAGCUCCGCGGCCUAAGGCAGCUGUCCGACGCCGGUCUAGCCUCGCUCGCUGCUGCCGCGCCAGCGAUCCGCAAGCUCUCCGUUGCGUCCUGCACCUUCGGACCCAAGGCAUUCGUCGCCGUGCUCCAGUCCUGCCCCCUCCUCGAGGACCUCUCCGUCAAGCGCCUCAGGGGCCUACCAGACACGGCCGGUGCCACCACUUCCAUUGCUGAGGACAUCAAAUUUCCACCGGCUUCGUCCCUGCGUUCUGUUUGCCUCAAGGAUCUAUAUAGCGCUCUAUGCUUUGUGCCGCUUGUGGCAUCCUCACCAGAACUCCGCUCGCUCAAGAUACUGCGGUGCUCCGGCGCCUGGGACCUGCCAUUGGAGGUCAUCACUGCACGUGCUCCUGGACUUGUUGAGCUUCACCUCGAGAAACUACAGGUCGGCGACCGUGGGCUUGCUGCGCUUUCUGCCUGUGCCAAUCUGGAGGUCCUGUUCCUUGUCAAGACCCCUGAGUGCACUGAUUCGGGCAUCAUCAGUGUUGCCGAGAAGUGCCACAGACUACGCAAGCUGCAUGUUGAUGGGUGGCGCACAAACCGGAUUGGGGAUUUUGGACUCAUGGCUGUGGCACGAGGAUGUCCAAAUCUGCAGGAGCUCGUUUUGAUAGGGGUCAACCCCACCGUGCUGAGCCUCCGGAUGCUUGGCGAGCACUGUCGGACACUGGAACGACUUGCACUUUGUGGGUGUGAAACUGUGGGGGAUGCUGAGAUCAUUUGCUUGGCUGAGCGCUGGGCUGCGCUCAAGAAGCUCUGCAUCAAGGGGUGCCCAGUAUCAGAUCGUGGGAUGGAAGCACUGAAUGGUGGUUGUCCUAGUUUAGUCAAGGUGAAGCUGAAGAGAUGCCGUGGAGUGUCAUACGAGUGCAUUGAGAACCUGAAGGUUACUAGGGGGGGAUCAUUUUCCAUCAGCUUGGAUAUUGUGUUGGAGCAUGAUGCUAGGAGUGCUAGUGAAAAUGGUGCCCAGGAGAACGGACAAGCACAAAUUACUGCGCUGACUGAUCAAAUGGCAGGCAUGGACCUUCCAGUCAAUGCUGCUGGCGCACAAUCAUCGACUCAUACAAUUACCAGGAUGAGGAGCGUCGUGUCAGCACUCCGGCGUAGAAUCUCUCGCCGGGGUUUGAACCGGAGGGCUGUCGUACGGUUUGCCGAAGUCGUGGGCGUGCGCAUCGCGGGAUGUGACGGUUUGGACAUGAUACAUGGCGAGUGGGGCCCACGGGUUGGCCAGGGCCGCAGGGCGCCUAGGCGCAGGGGCGUUGUGCGCCUGGGUGCUUGUGCACGUGCCCACACAAUUGUUGAGCUGGGCCGGGUGACGAGUGGGAAAAAAUAGAAUUGUUUUUCCCUUUUUUUUCAUUCUUUUAUAUAUAAAUGGGUAUAUAUAUGUUUAUAUAUAUCUGAAUGCAUUUGUUUAUAUUAGGUCACCUAAAUUUAAUGCUUCCCUUUUUUAACGAAAACAACACCCAGACCAUUUUUAGCAAACAAGAAUUGUGCAUCGACAUGUAAUGCAACGUACAAAUAUUUUCGAAAUAACACAUGUACAUCUCAUAUUAACUCCACCUUUUAAGGAAAAAGAAAAGAAAUAACAUCUGAAUUUUGAGUAUAAAGCAAAGAAAUUUUUAGCCUAAAAUUCAGGGUGUUACAAUCGUCUACGAGAGUGGUCUGGUGGUGCACCGUACCGUGCAUUAACGACUACUUCGGCGCCCAAUGGCUACUUCAAUGGGAGACAUACACGUGGCACCGGUGGUAGUCUGGUGGUGGACCGUAUCGGUCCAGUGCCAGCCCAUUUUGGAAGUUGUCAGUCAGGAUCCUGGAGGACCCGUCCCUGUUCCCCGGUUUGGUGGUGUACCGGACGGGUUCAUUGCGCAACAUGAGAGCAAAAUUUUAGCAGGUUUUUGGAGGAAGAUUCAACGGCCAUUUGGUGCCUUGGGGCUAUAAAUAGACUCAUUUCGACCUCCACACUACACCAAGCAUACUAAGAGCAAGUACUUCACUCAGACGCAUUUGAGAGACACCAAAGCGACCCAAGCGUCCGUUCUAGUGAGAGUGGUAUUUUGUUAUUGUGUGUUCGUGUUGUGACUUCGUGGUGUUGUUUCUUUGCUCUUGUGUGUGUUCUUAUCCCCCUCUUGUUGUUCUAGAGUCGUAACUGUCAUUAAACUGUGUACGACCGUAAGAGACUCCAAGUUGUGCAGAUCCUUGCAAAGGGAACAAUAUAAGAAAGAUUUGUGGCACUCAGGUUGAUCAUUGGAUCACUUGAGAGGGGUUGAGUGCAA